AUGGGACGAACAAGCGACAACAUUCACUUCCCUCGCCAUGUCGAGCGUAUCCCGCGUCGAGCAAACGGCCCCAGCGGGUACAGCGAUUCAUUGGGGAGAGCAGUCUUGAUCGAGAUUAUCAACUACCUGGCCGAUGUUGUCGAUGCCAUCGACGAUAUCAAGCUAUCGAAACAACACAAAGAUCGAACGAAGCUCAAGAGCGACAAGAAGAAGAUGUGCGAUACUAUCGUGCGGGGUGCAAACACCUUCACUGCUCUGUUCAAUGCUGCCAAAUACCAAGCCAAGUUCAUAGACCUUGCCCCCAAGAACUUGCCACUUUACCGGGACGAGAUCAACAGUCAAUUACUGUACCCGCUGUCGAAAGUCAACUCUAUGAAGCCAAGCCUUACCCGAUCGUUCUCAUUCAGCAUAUACCAACAAAGACUCAUGGCCAUCUUGGUGAAUAUCGAGGCGGAGAUUUGCUGGUGGCUCAAGAUCCCCCGUCCAAACAUUGCCUACGAUAAGGGUUUGGCAAAUACCAGCAAGGCAUACCCUAAGAGCUCAUCCACACAUACGCAUGGCAAAGGGCCAACACACACCUCCAAGGCCACCUCACAUGCCUAUGGUAAGGGCUCAACCACACACACUCAUACCACCAGCAAGUCUCACGGCCAGCGUUCGACGCACGGCAGCAAGACUCAUGAUCAACGAUCAUCAAGACCCACUCAGUCAAAGAGUGGGCACCGACAGAAGAGAAGCUCUUCACCAGCAGAUAAAGCAGGUGGCGGCUGCGCUGUCAUGUAG